AUGUCUGGAGCAAGGGCCCAGUUGGCAGAUUCAUCGACGUCGCCGCCUCUUAGUGAGAACCGUCGUAUAGACUACUCAGGCCUGAAGUUCGCGUACGCGGAUGGUUCCGACGACGAGAGUCCAUCGUUGACAUCGGAGCUGCCCUCAUGCGUGUACGCCGCGGCGAGGAGUAGGCUGCAACUUCCGCUAGCAGCUUACGUUCAUCAGCACAGCAGGCAACUACACCCAGACGUGCUGUUGGAGACGUCAGCGGAGCCCGAGUACCAGUGUGGCGGGUCUCCGUACCGGGUGCAACGCGCGGCGGCCAACGUGCGCGAGCGCCGACGGAUGCUGAGGUCCGGCCCCAAUGGCAGUAUAAACUCGGCGUUCGAUGAACUGCGAGUCCACGUGCCGACGUUUCCGUAUGAGAAGCGACUCAGUAAGAUCGACACCCUUCGACUGGCCAUCGCCUACAUCGCUCUGCUGAGGGAGGUCUUAGAUGCGGAUUACGAUCCACUUACAUAUGUAGAAAAAUGCCUGCGCGGCGAAAUAAAAGCAGAUCGCGCGCACUGGAACACAAGCGACCUUACCGCCCGUCUGUCGUGGAUCAAUUGGGAGAACCUUGGCGUGAACCCUCAGCGCCGCAGUGUGCUUACUUCCCUGGCGCUCAGUUCAGACAACCUGCAGUAUCAUAACUAA